CCGCUUGGCCUCUGGCGCGCUGCGGCGCGGGCUUUCGCUUUCAGUCGCCGCCGGCUGGCGAGCACAGCGGAGCCUGGGGAGAAGGCGCUGCGCUGCGAGGGCGCGAGGGCGCGAGGGCAGGGGGCAACCGGAUCCCGCUCGCACCCAUGGCGCCCGCCGCUGUCUGGGCCGCGCUGGCCGUCGGACUGGAGCUCUGGGCCGCGGGGCACGCUUUGCCCGCCCAGGUGGCAUUUACACCUUACGCCCCGGAGCCCGGGGGCACAUGCCGGCUCAGAGAAUACUAUGACCAGACAGCUCAGAUGUGCUGCAGCAAGUGUCCGCCGGGCCAACAUGCAAAAGUUUUCUGUACCAAGACCUCAGACACCGUGUGUGACUCCUGUGAGGACAGCACAUACACCCAGCUCUGGAACUGGGUUCCCGAGUGCUUGAGCUGCGGCUCCCGCUGUAGCUCUGACCAGGUGGAAACUCAAGCCUGUACUCGGGAACAGAACCGCAUCUGCACCUGCAGGCCCGGCUGGUACUGCGCGCUGACCAAGCAGGAGGGGUGCCGGCUGUGCGCGCCGCUGCGCAAGUGCCGCCCGGGCUUCGGCGUAGCCAGACCAGGAACCGAAACAUCUGACGUGGUGUGCAAGCCUUGCGCCCCGGGGACAUUCUCCAACACGACUUCAUCCACGGAUAUUUGCAGGCCCCACCAGAUCUGUAACGUGGUGGCCGUCCCUGGGAAUGCAAGCAUGGAUGCAGUCUGCACGUCCACGUCCCCCACCCGGAGCAUGGUCCCAGGGCCAGUACACUUACCCCAGCCAGUGUCCACACGAUCCCAGCACACGCAGCCAACUCCAGCACCCAGCACCGCUCCGGGCACCUCCUUCCUGCUCCCGGUGGGCCCCAGCCCCCCAGCUGAAGGGAGCACUGGCGACAUCGUUCUUCCAGUUGGACUAAUUGUGGGCGUGACAGCCUUGGGUCUACUAAUAAUAGGAGUGGUGAACUGUGUCAUCAUGACCCAGUUGAAAAAGAAGCCCUUGUGCCUGCAGAGAGAAGCCAAGGUGCCUCACUUGCCUGCCGAUAAGGCCCGGGGUGCACAGGGCCCUGAGCAACAGCACCUGCUGACCACAGUGCCGAGCUCCAGCAGCAGCUCCCUGGAGAGCUCGGCCAGCGCGUUGGACAGAAGGGCGCCUACUCGGAACCAGCCACAGGCACCAGGCGCGGAGAAGGCCAGUGGGGCUGGGGAGGCCCGGGCCAGCACCGGGAGCUCAGCAGAUUCUUCCCCUGGUGGCCAUGGGACCCAGGUCAAUGUCACCUGCAUCGUGAAUGUCUGUAGCAGCUCUGACCACAGCUCACAGUGCUCCUCUCAAGCCAGCUCCACGAUGGGGGACACAGAUGCCAGCCCCUCGGGUUCCCCGAAGGACGAGCAGGUCCCCUUCUCCAAGGAGGAAUGCGCCUUUCGGUCACAGCUGGAGACGCCAGAGACCCUGCUGGGGAGCACUGAAGAGAAGCCCCUGCCCCUUGGCGUGCCCGAUGCUGGGAUGAAGCCCAGUUAACCAGGCUGGUAUGGGCUGUGUCGUAGCCAAGGCGGGCUGAGCCCUGGCAGUAUGACCCUGCGAAGGGGCCCUGGUCCUUCCAGGUCCCCACCACUAGGACUCUAUGGCUCUUUCUGGGCCAAGUUCCUUGAGUGCCCUCCACAGCUGCAGCCUCCUUCUGACUUGCAGACCGAGAGCAGAGGCAGUGAGUUGUGGAAAGCCUGUGCUGCCACGGCGUGUCCCUCUCGGAAGGCUAGCUGGGCACGGACGUUCGGGGCACGCUGGGGCAAGUCCCUGACUCACUGUGGCCUGCCCCGCCCAGCUGGACCUGCGAGCUUUGGCUUCUGGAGCCCUCAGGAUUUUUGUUUGUUUAUGUCUCCCCUGGGCUCUGACCCAGCUCUGGCUUCCAGAAAACCCCAGCAUCCUUCUCUGCAGAGGGGCUUUCAGGAGGGAUGCUGCCUGAGUCACCCAUGAAGACGGGACAGUGCUUCAGCCUGAGGCUGAGACUGCGGGACAGUCCCAGGGCUCUGUGCAGGGAGGAGGUGGCAGCCCUGUAGGCUGUAGGGGUCCUUCAGGUUAGCUCAGGAGGCCUGGAAAGCAUCACCUCAGGCCGGGUGUAGUGGCUCACGCCUAUGAUCCCAGCACUUUGGGAGGCCGAGGUGGGUGGAUCACCUGAGGUUAGGAGUUCAAGACCAGCCUGGCCAACAUGGUAAAACCCCAUCUCUACUAAAAAUACAGAAAUUAGCCGGGCGUGGUGGCAGGCACCUAUAGUCCCAGCUACUCAGAAGGCUGAGGCAGGAAAAUCGUUUGAACCCUGGAGGCGGAGGUUACAGGGAGCUGAGAUCGUGUCACCGUACUCCAGCCUGGGAGACAGAGCGAGUGUGUCUCAAAAAAAAAAAAAAAAAGAAGAAGAAAGCACCACCUCCAAAUGCUAACUUGUCCUUUUGUACCAUGGUGUGAAAGUCAGAUGCCCAGAGGGCCCAGGCAGGCCACCGUAUUCAGUGCUGUGGCCUGGGCAAGAUAAUGCACUUCUAACUGGAAAUCUGCCAGUUUUCUAAAACGGUAAGUACCACGCUGGCCAACAAGCCAAUGACAAACAAAGCCAAACUCUGCCCGCCACAUCCAACCCCCUACCUCCCAUCUGCACCCUCCGCCUUCACUCCGGUGUGCCUGCAGCCCCGCCCCUCCUUUCUUGCUGCCUGGUGUGGUGUCCUAGGCCACACCAUCUCCUUUCAGGGAAUUUCAGGAGCUAGAGAUGACUGAGUCCUCGUAGCCAUCUCUCUCCUCCUACCUCAGCCUAGACCCUCCUCCUCCUUCCUGAGGGGUGGGUUCUUCUUCCCCACUCCCCACCCUCAAUUCCCUGGCCCCAAGCGGGCUGCCUCGCCACUUUGGUACAUGGCCAGUGUGAUCCCAAGUGCCAGUCUUGUGUCUGUGUCUGUGUUGCGUGUUGUGGGUGUGUGUAGCCAAGGUCGGCAAGUUGAAUGGCCUGCCUUGAAGCCAGUGAAGCUGGGAUUCCUCCCUGUUAGAGUCAGCCUUCCCCCUCCUCUCCCCAAAACAUGCCCAGGGCCCUGCAGAGGGGGAACCCGUGUAGCCUUGCCUGGAUUCUGGGAGUAAGCAAGUUGAGGGGCUCUUGGAAAGGCUGGCUCAGUCUCAGGUGCAUGGGGAUAAAGGAGAAGGCAUGAACUUACCUAGAAGAGUGGGGGCAGGGUGAUAAAUUGUUGAUAAAUUCCACUGGACUUGAGCUUGGCAGCUGAACUAUUGGAGGGUGGGAGAGCCCAGCCAUUACCAUGGAGACAAGAAGGGUUUUCCACCUUGGAAUCAAGAUGUCAGACUGGCUGGCUGCAGUGACGUACACCUGUAAUCCCAGCUAAUCAGGAGGCUGAAGGGAGGUUCACUGGAGCCCAGAAGUUUGAGGCUGCAGUGAGCUAUGAUCGCGCCACUACACUCCGGCUUGGGCAACAGAGUGAAACCCUGUCUCUUAAGAAAGUCAGACUGCCAAGGCUGGCCAGGUUUCUGCCCACAUUGGACCCACACGAGAACGCGAUGGAGUGCACCUGCCCCCUGGUGGACAGUCCUGGGAGAACCUCGGGCUUCCUGGGCAUCACUGGGCAGAGCCAGGAAGCGAUGAAUUUGGAGACUGUGGAGCCUCAGUUCCCUUGCGUGUGUUGAUCCUGAGACAAUGAGAGUUUGCACUGUAUGCUGGACAGCAUUCCCGCUUAUCAAUAAACCUGUUUGUUUUUCAUGUCGA